GACUCACGAUUGCCUUUUUUCUUUCACUACCAAAAUCAGUUGCCUUCUUUUCCUUUAUUUCGUUCUUUUUGUCGCCAUGAUUUCCACUGCGCCCCCUCAAAUUAUUGACGGACAUUAUGUGGACCCGCGAAAAUUGAUUAGCCUGUUGCAACGAGUGUAUGGGACAGUUGAUGGUAACAACAAUUUUCGAGUCGAGUUGAGAUUAAAUCGCUACAAGAUAUAUGGUCCUUCUGAUGAUGAUAAUGUUAAAACGUUGACCGAGGAACAAAUCCAAGACUGCCGAGUAUAUAGAAGGCGCAAUAAUUAAUCUGGCGGGCUUCGAAGAAAAAUAGCUCGUUAUAUCUCAUUUAACUUCUUGCUCAUUAUGAGAUAUCAUAAUUCUGCCAGUCUCCUAGUCAUGGAGUUUGGGUGGUGUUCAAUUACAUUAGGAGCUUGGGAAAAUUGGUGUUCAUCUCCGGGCUAGAAAGUUCAUCAUUAUUUAUCUUAUCAUUGCAAUUAAAUUCAACGUUCUAGAUACGUUUACAGAAAUCAUAUGAGAACUCAAAAACUGAACUGCCUACCUUAUUCUCAGAUUACAACCUAGACUAAGAGCUGGGAUAUCGAUCAUAAUGCUGAUCAGUAGACGACUAUGGUCAAACACCGUGAUAUUUUCGAAAGGAAAUUCGCCCUUUGAACGACGUGUUAUCA